AUGAAGUUCUCCGGCGGAGACGCCGAGAUCCUGGGCGGUGGCGACACGCUGCUGCUGUCCGCGUGCGGCUGGGCUGGUGGGGCCGCGCCCGUCGUCGACCACUUCCUGCUCGACAACAAGCUGGACGCGGCGGCGGCGGGGGCGGGCUCCGAUCACGACGACUCGUCCGCCAAGGCGACCAUGGACGCCCUCGACAGCCUGCUGCAGGCGUCGCCGCCCUCGUCUGCCGGGGGCCAGCCGGGGGGCGCCACGUCCCCCGGCAGCUUCGCGGAGCUCAAGCCCCUGCCGCCCUUCACCGGCUACACGGGACACCUCAGCAUCAACGGCAUCUCGGGACACCACUUCCACGCGAUAGCUGCCGGGCCCUCCUCUCCCCAGAGCCCACAGCUCCCCGAGGCGAACAACAACAACGCGCACGCCACCAACCACAACACGGCGACUAGUUUCAAGCAGCAGCAACAACACCAGCAGCACCCGCACCAGCAACAACCGCCGUCGCAGCAGCAGGUGCAGCCCGGUGGACGGCCUACGAGCAGUUCCGGAGUGACGGGGGCGACGCUGUACUACGCCGUGAGUACGACGGCCGACCAACCGGUCGUCUCAUCCUCGACGGCGUCCGUCGGGGGUGUGGUCAACAUCAAGGAGGAGUUCAUCGACUACUCGAGCCUGAUGGGUGGCCCGGAUAUCGAGGACAUCGCGGCGCUGAUCGGCUCUGCCAUCGCAGACACGACGGUGCCCAGUACCGUGGCCACCCCCGACGACACUGCCGGCUCGCGGGAGAGCUGGAUGGAGUUCGACGCGUGGAUCGACACCGCCUGCUCCGGAGAAGCCAAGCCCGUCAUCUCGGCCGAGUCGCUGCAGGAGUUCGUGCAACAGCAGCAGCAACAGUCGCAGUUCGAAGGCAGCUCGGCGUUGCAGAGCCUGCUGAGCUGCCAGUACCAGUCGUCAGCGGCCAUGCUGCAGCACAUGCUCAAGAGGGACACGUCAGCUGCGGCCGCCUCUGUCGGUUACCAUAUGCCGCUCCUACAGAAUCGGUUGCAGAAUGGACCACCCAACGGCAGCGUCAAGGCGGAGACGUACCUGGAAGCGCCGUCGUCCAGCACCCAGUACCUGGCGCACACUACCACGGGCAGCCCGCCGGGCGUGGUAUCCACCACGGACACGGCACUGCUCAUCAACGGCAGCAGGUACGGCGGGGGCGGCGGCAUGGGGGUGGCGCGGCCCGCGCCUGGCCCGGGCUCGGCGUCGGCGGCGGCUGCGGCGGCGGCUGCGGCGGCGCGCAUCGGCUUCGCGUCCCACCUGCCCCCGCGGCCGCUCAAGACGGCGCCGUCGCCCGACCUGCUGGUCAACGGCGGCAGCCUCGACAGCUUGGCGGGCGCCGUCUUCCCGCACACCACCACCGCCACCACGACGACGCCGGCGCCCUCCAAGAGCAAGAGCCGCAACCGGUCGCGCAGCAAGCAGCAGUGCGGCGUGGGCGCGCCCGGCGCCGCCGCCGCCGGCGUCGUCUACUCGGGCGACCCCGCGGCCGCCGCCGUGCUCGGCAAGGAGAAGCCCGUGCACCGCUGCAGCAUCUGCAACCGCGGCUUCCUCAACAAGUCCAACAUCAAGGUGCACCUGCGGACGCACACGGGCGAGAAGCCCUUCAGGUGCGAAGUCUGCGGCAAGGCGUUCCGUCAGAAAGCGCACCUCAUCAAGCACCAGCAGAUCCACAAGCGUGUCGGCCGCGAUUGA